AUGAUGCUCAAACGAAGAAAAUUAUUUUAAAGUUAAAUUUAUUGUUUUACUAGUUUGUAAAAUUUACAAGAGUACUUUUAGAAAGGAAAUUAUUUCUUUCAAAAAAAAAUGUACUAAUAAGCUAUUGAAUAAUACAAUUGUUGUUUAAAAAUAAAUCCAGAGCAUGUAAUGAGCAUUUAAAAUAUUGGAUUAGCUCAAUUUCAAUAAAAUGAGUUAGAUAAAUCAAUUUAAUCUUUUUAAAGAGUUUUGUAAAUACAACCAAAAAGUGAUUAAGCUCUUUAUCAUUUAGGAAUUUGCUAUUUAUAUAAUAAUUAAUUAGAAUCAUCAUUUAAUGUCUUUUAAAAAUGCACGUAAUAUUGUCCAAAAAAUGAAGUUUAUUUUUACUAUCUCGGACUUUCAUGCUUAAGAAUGAACCUAUUUAAUUAAGCACAGCAAUACUUUUUGCAUAGUCUAGAUAUUUCUCCUACAAAUCAAGAAGUUCUUUAUUGUUUAGGUCUAGCUUACCACCUACAAGGCUAAAAAAAAUAAACUUUAAGUGUUUAUGAAAAGCUUUUAAGUUUAGAUUCAAAAAACCUUAAUUAUAGGAAUAUAUUAUGCGGAUUAAAAGCUAUGAAUUGA